UUCCAUACAAGAACUUGAUUCGGAUUGGUUAGUUUAUAUGGGAGCUAUAUGCUAUAGUGGUCCGAUAACGGCGGUUUCGGCAAAUGAUCAGAACGGUUUCCGACGUUUCCUUCUGGGUGGCAAAAUUAUCCUGUUCGGAGUAUAAUUAAAGCAUUUGUAGAUAUAAGUUCCCAGAUGAACUUACCAGUGCAAAUUAUUAAAAAGAAUAUAAGUAUGUAAAGAGCACAAACAAAUGGGGUAAAAAAGGUUUUGCAGUUGAAGAAGUCUGUAUCAGUUUUCUGGAUGAUUCAAUUAAUGUUAGAAAGUCGUCUGAUAAUGGAAACCAGAAAAACUAAUUGUAGAACACCGUAAUAAACAUAUCUAUCGCAACAAAACUAUCACCAGCAUCAGUAACAAAACAGAGAAAAUGUUUGUAAGCAGCACACUCAAUAGUCGCAAACAAAUUAUAUACUGUACUCAACGAGAAAAAAUACAGGUUAAUCGAAUUUAUUAUACCUGUACAAGGAAUGAAAAGUAGACUACUGUAUACUUCUUUAAAAUAGUACAUGACCAUGGUUUAAGCAAAAUAAUAUUUUAAAGAAAAACGAAUAACAUUUGUUAAAAAAUAUUCGAAUUCAGAUUUCGAUAGAUACAACUACUACAAUGAAUUCUUUUGGAGUACAGAAGCCUUCAUCUACAAACGACCCUCACAGCUCUGUUACAUUGGACGGUUUAAAACGCCCUCAAAUAAAUGGUGGGCGCUUCGAUUUUGAGGAUGGAGGAACGUUUUGUGGCGGAUGGGAGGACGGCAAGGCCCAUGGGCAUGGCGUUUGUACCGGGCCAAAGCAUCAAGGAGCAUAUGCCGGUGCAUGGAAUUAUGGUUUUGAAGUAUCUGGUGCAUAUAUUUGGCCAAGCGGUUCACAUUAUGAAGGCCAAUGGCAAAAUGGACGAAGGCAUGGUUUGGGUGUGGAGCAAAUUGGACGUCAAAUAUAUCGAGGCGAGUGGUCAAAAGAUGGACAUAAGGGAAGAUAUGGUAUUCGAGAAAGUACUGUUUCUACUGCUAGGUACGAAGGAACCUGGAAUAUGGGUUAUCAAGAUGGCUACGGUUGUGAGACUUACGCUGACGGAGGUAUGACUGUACUGGAAAAUGAUCCGUGAAAAAGUUUUGUGUUGAUAGUCGAAAAUUUCCUAGUUAAUCAUUAAGCACCAAAUUAUGAAGAAAUUGUGCAAAUAUCCUGGCAAACUGUCAGACUCCAGGAACAAAAUUGACUAUCUCCAUAAUCAUCUGGAUACAUUUUCGGAUAAUUUGGAAGUUAUAGUGAGGGACAGAGAGAACGGUUCAACCCGGAUCUAAAAGUGAUGGAAGAAUGAUAUUAAGGUUGUUGAGAUC